CCUUUUAUCAUCACCUCUCUCUCAUAUUAGUUUACAUUUUAUUUGUGCAAUCUAACCCUAGAUUUGUGUAAUACACCGUAAAUAUGUGCAUCACGUAGCUGGGGAUAUGUUCUUUCUAUUGGGUAUUUAGAUUAAUUGCUGUUUAAAUAUCGGAAUGUGGGGUUUGAUUGGAACAAUCUGGUUUAAUUUUGAUUGACCCAUUAGGGUUUUUUUUCACAAGAAACUCUGUGAAAUCUUUGGGUGCUUUUAUUUUAGUAUGCAUUCGAGAAUUGAGGGUUUUCUUGUAGAAUCGGGUGAAUAUAUUUAGAGUAGAAAGCUAUGGCCGUGAAUCAACACGAACAAUUUUUAGCUGGGCUCGAGUUUGAUAGGUGUAAUAGGUAUUUUGACAGAGAAUGCCCAAAUGAGAAGCUUGAUUGUUUUGGUGAUUUUUGGGGUUUGAAUUGUGAAAUUGAAAACCUUCAUGAUCACAACAAAGCUGGAAAAACUAAGAUGGUUUCUGAUGAUAUUAGUGAUUUUUGGGGUUUGAAAAAUUGUGAAAAGGGCAGCUUUCGGGAUCGCGAAGAUGAAAAAACUAAGAUGGUUUCUGAUGAUGAUAUUGUUGAUUUGUUGCCUCAGGAUCCUUUUGGUAUGGAUAUUAGUACCAAAGUUACGGCCAUCACUGGUUGGUUAGAGGAUUUUGACAAGGAUUUUGGGUUAAAGAAUCUUGGUUUCUGCGCAGAUGAGAUUGAGGUUGACACUCAAAUGUUUACGGAACUUAAUAUUGUUCUAAAUGGGUCUAUGAGAAUUCACCAGGAUGUGGGUGUCCAGAACAUAGGUGAAAACUCCUAUGCUUCUGAGAUUGAUAUAGGAGAGGGAUUGCACGAUUCUUUUGGUUGUAUGGACGUUGAGAUGGAGGAGAUUAUAAAUUCUAGUUAUUGGGUUUUUAGAGAUGCUGCUCACAAAGAUCAGUCAGGCGUGAAUGAUCAUCGUAAUGGCGAUGGAGGUGCUCCUUCAGAUGCACUGUUUUUGGCCCUUAGUUAUCUGGGCUUGAGGGACCUUCUUUCUGUUGAAAGAGUUUGCAAACCUUUACGAGAUGUGGUACAUGGUGAUCCACUUCUGUGGAGAAAUAUUCACGUUGAUCAUCCAUUGAGUUGUAAGAUCACAGAUGAAAUUCUUAUAAAGUUGACAGACAGGGCUCAAGGUCAUCUUCAUUCUCUGAGUCUUGUGCACUGCUCAAAGAUCACUGAUAAUGGUUUGAAUUGUGUGCUUGAAAGGAAUCCUAGCCUGAAAAAGCUAAGCGUCCCAGGAUGUGGGAGACUCACAGCUGAUGGUGUUCUCGGUAACUUAAAGGUCUUCAAGCCUGCAGGAAAACCCACCCUUAAGUACCUAGGUAUUGAUGGAUUAUUUGGUAUGACGAACCAACACUUCGAGGAGUUCAAGGUCUUGUUAGAUGUCGAUAGCAGCAAGCUGCCAACUACUCGUAAACCACGGUUUUUCCAAGGCGGCCAGUUAUCUGUGUUGUCUGAUGAUGAUCAAGCUAUUGAUAUUGAAAUAUGCCCGAAAUGCCAGCAACUUAGACUAGUCUAUGAUUGCCCCUCAGAGAGUUGCCAAAAAAAGCAAUCUACCACUCAGUUGUGCAGAGCUUGUACUAUCUGCAUUAAACGUUGUAUCAACUGUGGGCGGUGCUUAAACAAUUGUGAAUAUGAGGAAUUAUUCAGUUUCGACUUGGUUUGUCUAGAUUGCUGUAGGCAACUUUUGGAUCACCAAGAGAGCCUGGAGAGGAUGACCGUUCCUCUGGAAAAUCCUAUUCUUCAUAAGCAGGCAAGUUGCCAUUUCUUCCUCUGUGGCUAGAAUGCACGGUAGGCAAUACUUUUAUCUUUAAGCAUCAAGUCAAAUCGAGCUCUCGAGUAUUGAUUAGUGACUGGUCAUGGUGUCAUUGUAAUCUGAUGAAUGUGGAAUUGGAAGUAAAUGGCAGAUUUGAAGCUGAUCUCCUACCAGGGAGGCUUUGUCAGUAAGAAUAUUCUGAAUUAAAGAAAAUGCAGGCUGGGUGGAGCUCGGCAGAGGGUUAGACUCCUUAGAACUCGCACCAAUUGUGGCAUUUGCGGUUAGUCGAGAGAGAAAUGUGAUUGUAUUGUGUCAGAACACAACUAAUCCCCACUAGGCGAUUGAGAGGAGGAAGUCUGGUGAACGCUGAACAACUACCUUCAUGGCUGAAAUAACUGGAUUUUGUGCUAUUCCGAGGAAAAAAAGAAGAAGCUGGGUUAUGCUAUACGGCGCCACUAAUUGUGUUUGUAUGCGGACUGAGGCAUCGAUCACCAGCUAGAUCUGCAAUUCCAGGAAAUAAAACCUACUUGGUGAUGGGAAGGAAGAAAUUUGUCUUAUGUCUUGCGGUGCAGUGUGCACUUGCUUCCAGUUUCAGUGUAUUCUAUUUUAAAACUUAAGUAUGUGCUGUAGCUGAUGUUGUGCACUUAUUUUUCAAAGCCGUAGCAUAUGCUUCUGUAUCAGCUCACAGCUUAUGAAACAGUUCUUAAUCUGAGUUUUCGGGUAAUAAAUAAUAAGUACUCCAUAUUGCUAUUGCAAA